AUGUCUUCGACAAUUUUGGGCACUCAAUUUCCGUCACCACCAGCUAGGCCUACUCCACCCAGUAGUGAAGCAGGCUCUGGUACCAACGGGCUCGGAGAAAAUCGAAGCAAUACACUAUUCGGAGGUAUUAUAACCAAUGGGUUAUCAAAAGUUAAUAAUGACAACCACCUACCCGUGUCACCUACCUCGCCUUCUACUCGUGACUUUUCAAGAUCUGCUGUACCGCAUUUGAGAAGGUUAUCAACGUUGUCGGGAAAAAAAGAUUUUUCAGAUUUGACUGAUUUAAAUAUACCAACUAUCACAGAAAAUCGAGAGGAUGUUACUGGUCUAAAAGGUCGUAUCAGACUGCAAAAAGACUCUUCGCGGAGAAAUUCGCGAACAUGGAUGGAUCAACAACGUAAAAACAUUCAAGCUUAUGAGUAUUUGUGUCAUAUUGGGGAGGCUAAAGAAUGGAUCGAAGCAUGUGUAGCUGAAGAAAUUGAACCAAUUGUAGAAUUAGAAGAAUCAUUACGCAAUGGGAUUGUGUUAGCAAAAUUAGCUAAAUCCUUUGAACCUACGGUCGUGCGAAGAAUAUUCACGGCUCCAAAAUUACAGUUUCGACAUUCGGAUAAUAUCAAUUUCUUUUUCAUAGCAAUCAGGAGAGUUGGAUUACCCGAUAUAUUUUGGUUUGAAUUGACUGAUCUUUAUGAAAAGAAGAACAUACCACGAAAAACACCUCAAAUUCGAAAUCUGAUAGGGAAAUUGGAGUUUACUGAGGAACAAUUAUCAUUGACGCAACGAGGAUUAGACGCAUCCGGCAUCAUUAUGCCUAGUUUUGCAAACGUGGGUCAUGCAUUAGCCGCUGAAUUGAAUGAAUUUGUAGAAGAGCCAAAAGAGACAGAUGAAGAAAAAAACAGGCGAUAUUGGAAUGAGAAUCUGGAGAAAAUAAUCAAAUGCCAAGCAUAUAUAAGAGCACAUCUUGCUCGACAUCAAUUUCGCGAAAUAUAUGAAUUUUAUCGAUCCGCGGAACCAUUUGUAAUUCGGUUACAAGCGCAAACUCGAGGUUGGAUUGUGCGUAGUGAAUGGAAUCAACGAAAACAGCAAUUGGAUGAAUUAGAAAAAUGGGCAAUAAAAUUUCAAGCACAUGUGCGCGGCUCGAUUGCAAGAAGAAAAUUCCGAGAUAGAUUAAAUUAUUUUCGCGAAAAUAUUGCCAAAGUUGUCAAAAUUCAAAGUAUAUACCGAGCCAAAAAGGAUGGAGAUGCUUAUCGUAGUUUAACGAUGGGAAGCAAUCCGCCGAUCGGAACUAUUAAAAACUUUAUACAUUUACUGAAUGAUAGCGAUUUCGAUUUUGAAGAAGAGAUUAAAAUCGAACGUCUUCGACAAGAUGUAAUCCAAAGAAUUAGAACUAAUAAUCAAUCAGAGAAACUUUUAAAUAAAUUGGACAUUAAAAUUGCAUUACUAGUAAAAAAUCGUAUAACUUUAGAUGAAGUGAUAGCAGUGGCUAACCCCAAAAAACGACAGCAACGUCUAUCGCAACUUCAAUCACCUGGUGGUCCAUUCUCAUUAAAAUCUCUCGAUAAAGAAUCUCGACAACGAUUAGAACUAUAUCAACAAUUUUUCUAUUUCUUACAGACUAAACCCGUGUAUUUGGCUCGUUUGUUUUUCAUCAUGAAUAAAGCUCGAUUACCGGAUAAAACGAAAAAAAUGGUGGAAGGAGUCGUUUUGACGUUGUUUGGAUACGCACAAAAUGCCAGGGAGGAGUUUUUGUUGCUGAAAUUGUUUCAACGUAGUAUUUGGGAAGAGUUGGAGAGUGUCGAUACGUUGCAAGAAUUUAUGAGGGGAAAUUUUAUGUUUAUGAAGUUGGUGGUUCAAUAUAACCGUGGUGCAAAGGAGCGUAAAUUUUUACGUGAAUUACUAGGACCUAUGGUGAAAAGUGUAAUGGAUGAUUAUAUGGAUUUAGAAACUGAUCCCCUAAUGAUUUAUCGGAACUUGGUUAAUGCCGAAGAAUUACGUUCUGGACAAACAUCAUCUCGACCGACUGAUAUAACCCAAACAGAAGCAUUAAAUGAUCCUGAAACAAGAACUGUGUUUAUUCAUCAUCUUCAACGUCUGCGAAAAGAAACCGAGAUGUUUCUAAAUGCCAUCAUUUCAUCAUUACCGAAAAUCCCAUACGGUAUUCGAUACAUUUCGAGGGAAUUGAAAGCAGCAUUAAUGAAAAAAUUUCCGAACGAGUCCGAAGAUUCGGUGAUGAAAGUAGUUGGACAUUUGGUGUAUUAUCGGUAUCUGAAUCCGGCUAUUGUUGCACCGGAAGGAUUUGAUGUAAUUGAGACGGUUGUUAGUCCAAUGCAACGAAAAAAUUUAGCAGAGAUAUCCAAGAUGUUAAAUCAAAUAUCAGUUGGACGACUUUUCACCGAGGACAAUAUGUACCUGCAACCAUUAAACGAUUAUGUUGGAUACGCGUCCAAAAGAUUUGCCGAUUUCUUCACGGAUGUGACGAAAAUUCAAGAUCCCGAAGUAUACUUCGAUAUUGAUGAAUAUAAUGAUCUGAUACAAACGCAUAAACCAAUAAUUUAUAUAUCACCGUUUGAAGUAUUUUCAAUGCAUGCAAUGUUUUUUGAACAUUUGGAAAUGAUCAUACCAGAGAAAAACGAUGCAUUACUUGAUAUACUAAAAGAACUUGGUGAUGUUCCUCCAUUUGAUGAAGAGUAUCUUAACAAUCAUAACUCCCCUAACACGACCACAAAUGAAAUUAGUCUCACACUUACCAAUCGACUUCAAAUUACCGAUUCAGAUCUUAAACUAAUGGGAACUGACAUUUCACGACUUUUCGUGGAGACUAAACGAUAUAUUCUAUCGAUCAUUCGUGUGCAAACUGGAAAUAAUCUAUUAGAUAUAUUAAUAAAACCAGUUACCCCACAAGACGAACAAUCAUUUAAAGAACUUUUACAGUCAGAUCGACGAAAAAAUAAAAGACUUUAUUCUUCUACAGACGACAACGACAAUAUCAAUAUCACCAACACCAGCUCUUCUUUGGCAGAGAGUUCAGCAGAACAUAAUUUAACAAUGUAUAAUAUAAGUAGAAUGACUUUUAGUGAGUUGAAAAAAAUAACAUUACAGAACGUGUUGAAAUUGGAGGCAGAGGGAAAAGUUUCACGUCAAAAUAAUUAUCAGGAUUUAUUGAAUGCAAUCGCAGUUGAUAUUCGAAAUAACCAUCGACGUAGAGUUCAACGAGAACGAGAGCUUAAACAAAUUCGACAAACAUUAUCUAAUUUAGAGGAGAAACGCGUUUAUCUGGAUGAUCAAAUUAAAAGCUAUAAUGAUUAUAUUGAAGUGUGUAUGCAACAAUUAUCUACAAAGAAAGGCAAAAAAUCACGAGUGAUUCUUCCAUUCACACGACAAUACUUUCACAUACGCGAUCUACAACGUAAUGGUCGCGUUCCAAAAUUCGGAUCAUAUAAAUACACGGCACAACGUCUCCACGAGAAAGGUGUCCUAAUCUCAAUUGAUGGCUAUUCCUUGAAGCAAUUCGACAAGAUAAGUUUCACCAUAUCAUCGGAUGUGCUUGGACUAUUUUCCAUCGAAGCAGCUUAUAUGGGAAUUUCGGUUCCCGGUGGACAGAUGGAAUUACGAUUGGAAGAAUUGUUACAAGGGCAAUUUAAUAAUGUGCAGGUGGAGAGCUUGAUGGAUGCAAAAUUGUGA